GCGUUUCUCCCGUCAACCACCCUCCCUUGGCCUUGUUGGACCUCUUCUCUUUGACUCCACGGUCCUCUACAGCUGACACCAUGGACGCGAUUCAGAAAACCAUCAUCGAACCCCUCCAACCCCUCCUCCGUCCCGUUGUUUCGGCGGUGCCCGAACCGGUCCACGAUGCGAUCGUCUCGCUGAUCGGCUCCUCCUGCCACAACACCCUCGUGGUCGACCUGGAUGUCAGCAAGGAUCCUGCCUGUACCUCUCUCGCCAUCUCAAAGGCACUGGGCAUUGCCAUCGUCGGAGCUAGCGCCAUCGUCAAGGUGCCCCAGAUUCUCAAGCUGAUCGGCUCUCGCUCGUCUGCCGGUGUAUCCUUCGUUUCGUACGCUCUCGAGACAGCCAGUCUGCUGAUCACGCUGUCUUACAGCGUGCGCAACCAGUUCCCUUUCAGCACCUUUGGCGAGACGGCGUUGAUUGCGGUACAAGAUGUGGUGGUGGGUGUUUUGGUGUUGACAUUUGCGGACCGGCCCACUGCGGCGGCGGCGUUCAUUGCUGUCGUGGCGGCGAGCGUGUAUGCACUGCUCUUUGACCAGACCUUGGUGGAUGCGCAGACAAUGGCUCUGCUGCAGGCUGGAGCAGGUGCUCUGGGUGUGGCCAGCAAGGCUCCUCAGAUCUAUACCAUCUGGCGUGAAGGCGGUACCGGCCAACUGAGCGCUUUUGCGGUUUUCAACUAUCUCGCCGGCUCUCUGUCUCGCAUCUUUACAACCCUCCAGGAGGUGGAUGACAAGUUGAUUCUGUAUGGGUUCAUUGCUGGGUUCUCUCUGAACCUGAUCCUCGCGGGCCAGAUGCUGUACUAUUGGAACAGCCCGGCCAAGGCACAGAAGAAGCCCGUUGCGGCAGCGGUUCCCGCGAAAGCGCCCACUGCCACCAGCACGGGCGUGUCUCCCAAGCCCACUGGGUCCCCCAAGCCGACCGGCAAGGCGCCCACCACCCGACGCCGGGGUUAA